UGGUGCUCUCCAGCGGCCGUGAGAGGAUGAGUGAGCAGUGGAAGGGCUCUGCAUCCUCAGCCGCGGCCCCAGCGCCUGGCCCCGGCUCGGACACGUACAAAGGCUGGCUCUUUAAAUGGACCAACUACCUAAAAGGAUACCAGCGGAGAUGGUUCGUGCUCAGCAACGGACUGCUCUCCUAUUACAGGACACAAGCGGAGAUGGCGCACACAUGUCGUGGCACCAUAAACCUAGCCACGGCACACAUCGACACAGAGGAUGCCUGCAACAUCGUCCUGAGCAGCGGGGGGCGCACCUACCACCUGAAGGCCAGCACAGAGGUGGAGAGACAGAGAUGGGUGACUGCACUGGAGCUAGCUAAAGCUAAAGCCAUCCGCAUGAUGAACGAGCAGUCCGAUGAGUCUGGGGACGAGGAGCAGGCGUCUCAGUCAGACCAGGCCGAGGUGCAGGGGACCCUGAAGCUCCUGGGUAGUAAGUUGGAGGACCUGAGCACAUGUAAUGAGCUGAUCGCCAAGCACGGUGCCGCACUGCAGAGGUCACUCACUGAACUAGAGGCUCUCAGGGGCCAGCUGGAGGGCUCAGAGAAGAUCAAGGCCGUCAACGAGAGGGCCACACUCUUCCGCAUCACCUCCAAUGCUAUGAUCAAUGCGUGUCGGGACUUCCUGGACCUGGCGGAAAGCCACAGCCGCAGAUGGCAGCGUGCUCUGCAGUAUGAGCGGGAGCAAAGGGCCCACCUGGAGGAGACCAUCGAGCAGCUAGCCAAACAGCACAACAGCCUGGAGCGUGCCUGGAGACAGAAGCCCAGCCACCCCAGUACGUCAAGCAGUGCCCCCUGCUUCAGCAAGGAGGGGAGUGAGAGAGCGCCCAAAGAGGAGCCCAGUGACGAGGAUGAGGAGACGGAGUAUUUUGACGCUAUGGAGGACUCACCUGCUUUCAUCACCGUAACGACCAGUGACAACAUGCUGCACAGGAGGUCUCAGAGUAACCUGAGUGGAGCCAGCGCAGGUCCCAACAGCGACUGGAGCCAGAACGAUCAUGGUUCACCAGGCUGUAACCACAUCUCUGGCCAGGACCUUCUGACACGCAAGCUCCAGCGCACACACAUCCCAGACAAACCCAACUAUUCCCUCAAUUUGUGGAGCAUCAUGAAAAACUGCAUCGGCAAGGAGCUCUCCAAGAUCCCCAUGCCUGUGAACUUUAACGAGCCCCUAUCCAUGCUGCAGCGGCUCUCAGAGGACCUUGAGUACAGUGACCUUCUGGACAGGGCUGCAUGCUGUGAGUCCUCUCUGGAGCAGAUGUGUCUGGUGGCUGCCUUCUCUGUGUCCUCCUACUCCACUACAGUCCACCGCACAGCUAAGCCCUUCAACCCUCUGCUGGGGGAGACAUACGAACUGGACCGCCUGGAUGCAUAUGGCUACCGCUCUCUCUGUGAGCAGGUCAGUCACCACCCCCCGGCCGCUGCCCACCACGUUAUCUCACAAAGAGGCUGGACCCUGUGGCAGGAGAUCACCAUUGCCAGCAAGUUCAGAGGGAAAUACCUGUCCAUCAUGCCCCUGGGUGCCAUCCAUCUGCAGUUCCACUCGUCAGGAAACCACUAUGUCUGGAGGAAGGUCACCUCCACUGUGCAUAACAUCAUUGUUGGCAAGCUGUGGAUUGACCAGUCUGGAGACAUAGAGAUCGUGAACCACAAAACCAAGGACAUCUGUCAGCUCAAGUUCUCGCCGUACAGCUACUUCUCUAGGGACAUCCCGCGAAAGGUGACAGGGGUGGUGUCCGACAGUGCCGGCCAGGCUCACUACAUCCUUUCUGGGACAUGGGAUGACAAGAUGGAGAGUGCCAAAAUCAUCCAGAGCAGCAGGGGGAGCUCUGAGGGCAAGCAGAAGACAGUGUACCAGACACUGUCACCCAAACUGCUGUGGAAGAAGUACCCCCUGCCGGAGAAUGCAGAGAAGAUGUACCACUUCUCGUCUCUGGCCCUUACACUGAAUGAGCCUGAGGAAGGUGUGGCUCUGACUGACAGCCGCCUGAGGCCUGACCAGAGGCUGAUGGAGGACGGCCGCUGGGAUGAAGCCAACGCAGAGAAGCAGAGACUGGAGGAGAAGCAGAGGGCUGUGAGGAGGAGGAGGGAGGCCGACGCUGCAGACGCGCUUGACGAAGGACGAGAGUACGAGGGCUACCAGCCGCUGUGGUUCACCCAGAGACGUAACUCCAUCACUGGGGAGAUCAACUACGUCUACAAGGGGGGCUACUGGGAGUCCAAGGACAAGCAGGACUGGAGGAUGUGCCCCAACAUCUUCUGACCCCCGUUCCCCUCAGCCCACACCUCAGCUAAUCUCAAACCGAUGCCCUGCAUCGGCCUUCAGGGGGCGUACCUGCUGGCUCAUGCGCACUCUGCACCACAACAAUGGGACAUCUCCAUGAGUAGUUUUGGGACUUUGUGAAGGUUUUUAUGGUUUUUCAAAGCAAAACAUAUUACAUUUUAAGUGUGUUACUCUUGAGCUUGGAAUUUUGCUGUGCUAUUAUCAGUAACUAUUUGGAAUACGUGACUACAUUUAAUAUUAGAGAUAAAGUUGUCAUGUAUACGGCAACUUCUCACUCCAGGAAAUGGUAUCUACCCACAAUGCACUUUUCUGAGGGAUGAAGUCCAUGAGAGUGAAAAGACUGAACUGCCAUAGGCUCCAUAGAAUAAACAUAUGUGAGUAGUGCUAGAGAGAAAAGAAUUCCUCUCACAUGAAUAGUUGAUUUGACCCCCUUAUCUCUUGUUUUGGACACAUUUAUUUUACAAAGUAUGACAUGUUUUGUGAACAGUGGCCACUUUAAAACACAACUGUGAAAUGUAAAUUGCGUGCUUGCAAGUGUUGCUGGCUAACUGCUAAUGGCUAGCUGAUUGGCUCAACUUGAGUUUUCUGUUGUCAAAACUAUGAUACGCAGUGAUAAAUAGUUUGGUGUUAGUUAGUGCACAUAUUAACACUAGUGCACUUAUCUGAAACCGGGUCGUGGGGGCAGCAGUCUAAGCAGGGACUCCCAGAUGUCCCUCACCCCAGACAUGUCCUCCAGCUUCUCUGGUGAGACCCCAAGGCGUUCCCAGGCCAGCCGAGAGACAUAGUCCCUCCAGCGUGUCCCGGUCUUCCCCGGGACCUCCUCCUGGUGGGACAUCCCCGGAACACCUUCCUCGGGAGGCGUCCAGGAGGCAUCCUGAGCAGAUGCCCGAGCCACCUCAGCUGGCUCCUUUUGACGUGUAGGAGCACCGACUCUGAGCUCCUCCUGUGUGACGGAGCUCCUCACUCCAAUUCUAAGGGAGCGCCCAGCCACCCUGUGGAGGAAGCCUCUUGUAUCUGCGAUCUUGUCCUUUUGUUUAUUACCCAGAGCUCAUGACCAUAGGUGAGGGUAGGAAUGUAGACUGACCGGUAAAUCGAGAGCUUCGCCUUUCGACUCAGCUUCUUCUUUACCAUAGCGGUACGAUACGGCGGCCGUAUCACUGCGGAUGCUGUACCAAUCCGCCUGUCAAUCUCACGCUCCAUCUGUCCCUCACUCGUGAACAAGACCCCGAGAUACUUGAACUCCUCCACUCCAGGCAGAGACUCCCCACCCACCCAGAGAGGGCAAGCCACCUUUUACCGGUCGAGAACCAUGGCCUCAGACCUGGAGGAGCUGAUCCUCAUUCCAGCCACUUCACACUUGGCUGCAAACGACUCCAGUGCCUGUUGCAGGUCCUGACUUGACACAGCUCCUGCUCUGGUCAUACAGGGACAGCCUUUAGCAAAGAGCCCCGGACCCCAAAGUUUCGAUGGACACGGUCGAAUGUUUUCUCCAGAUCCACAAAGCACAUGUGGACUGGUUGGGCAAACUCCCAUGAGCCCUCGAGCACCCAAUGGGGAGUGUAGAGCUGGUCCAGUGUUCCGCGACCAGGACGAAAACCUCACUGCUCCUGAAUCCGAGGUUCGACUAUUGGACGGAUUCUCCUCUCCAGUACCCUGGAAUAGACCUUACUGGGAAAGCUAAAUGUGAUUCUCCUAUAAUUGGAACACACCCUCCGGUCCCCCUUCUUAUACAGAGGGACCACCAUAAAAAAGAAUAAUAAAUAAAUAAGUCCAUAACUGUUUGAAUCAAAUAGUAGUUGCAUUGAUUUGAGUAUAUUUUGAUUAUUUUAAAAUUAAAUUUGCCAAAAGAACAUGUAUUUUCUUAUUUCAGUGCAGUAACAGACAUUUUAUGCUUGUUCCAGUGGCCGGUCUUAUUUUAAGAUAGUUAAAAUGUACUCAAAUCAAGAUAACUACUACAUGAAUCUAGUGUUGUCACAAUACAAAAAUUUUAAACUCAAUUUCUCUGCUAAAGAAUGGACGUGGCUGAAGUACCGAUUUUGAUGCCCAAAUGAUGAUUUUAAAAGCAACACACCAUAUGGUCUUACACCAGUUCUGAUAAAACUCAAGAUUAAACUCUUCAGGAAUGGUUAAAUGUUAUCAGGUUAUUUUUUCUUCUGUAUCGAUACCAUAUCAAUAUUGCCUAAAUGAUACUUGAUUCAAGCAGUUAUUAACAUUGUUUUAUUUAAGAUUUUAUUUUUUACAAUACCUCAGAUUAAUAGAGUUUAGUGGGGUUUUUUUUCAUUUAUUCUGUAAAAAUCAGUUUUUUCAGUCCCAUGUGAUAUUUUUUUGCUUUCUUUUUUUCUUAUAAACAGCCAUACUUCUUUUAUCUGUGACUGGCUAAUCCAUCUGUCAAUCACUGGUGACCAGACCCACAUCUUUAUAAAAUAUUGAAGAAGUAAUGUCAUAAAUACAUUGAUAAAAUGCACAUAAGAUUACUUUUUGUGCUAUUUAGAUUUUGUAGAAUAGACUGGUUUUCUUGAUUUGUAAUGAUGUAUUUUAGUUCUUAUGAUUAUAUUGCGGGCUCUUUAACUUUUAUUUCUGGUAUUUAUUGAAUAACAAAAAUAUCUCGACAUCCCCAGUGCUCAUCAUUUGACAGUUCAUAUUAUUACUUCCAUAUAUCUGUGCAAAGAGAGUAUCCUCAAAGGUCCUUAAAAUAGGACUUAAAUGGCUUCCAUAGUUGUCAGUGUUUCACUCUGUCACAAGCUGGUUGAGUAUCCUUAUGUUGCACACAUAUCUAUUGAAAUUGUAAAAGUUCCAGAAUGGAGACAAAUGGAGGAAAAAGUCAAGUGAAAGAUAAUGUAUUUUGAAUGGGAAAUUUUGAAUUAUCCAUAGAAUCAUACAAGAUGAAAAAGUUGACAACCACUCAUCUCCAUCUAAGUGAUAUCAGGCUAAUAGUGAAAGGUUUUGAUUGUGUAUUAAAUCCUGUAACAUCCUUCACCACUAAUGAAGCUAGACUAGACUAAACUAGAAGAAUCCUUGUAAUAUAUUGACAACCAAACUGACGUUUCUACACAUGUUUUUUCACUUCCUCAUUCUGGAACUAGGAACUAGUCUGAUGACUUGAUGCUGGGGUUGUUCUACAUGUAUCUUUAUGGUGGAAUGUUCAGCUGUUACCAAAGUUUUAAGAUUGUCUGAAAACUCAAGAAAAAACACAAAAUUGAUUUAAACAACACAUUUCAGGGGACUGAUCUAUACGAGCGUUCGUGGUCCUGUUUAGGUGUUUGAUUUUAAACAAAAAGGUGAGAGUGAGUAACUGAAGAACAGUUGAUGCUAGCUAGCUUGUAAAUGUUAUGGUAUCUGAAAGAGACUUAAAGAGACAGCACAAAUGUUGUAAUUCCAGCUCUUUAUGGUCUGAUUGUGUUAAAAUAAAGCUCAGAUAAAGUCUAACAGCUUAGGUAUCGCUGUUCCCAAUCAGUGUUUGGUUCUAUCAAAUUGAAGAGUGCAUGUUUUGAUCUGAUUAUCUUUAUUAAAACAGCUAAAUUUAAAGGUACAGUAUGUAACUUUUCUGAUCCAUCAGUAGCUUGUCUCAUAAAAAAAUGUUAUUGCUCUGCCUGGAUGUAGGCCAUUCAAGGAACUGUAAGAUUUUUAUUUUAAAUUCCAUAAACGUUCAAACUGUGACCCCAGGUAGGAGGUAAACAUGUUCAAAUUCAAAUAGAAUUGAAGUAGUAAUGUUGAUUUAUUCUUAAUUACAAAAACAUUGAACAUUAUGGCCCUCUUAUUUAUGUCGUGAUUUGGUAUUUUGAUUCAAAGCAGAAUGAGCCUCUCUCACUUGGGUUGCCAGUUUCAAUGCUGAAAUCCAGUUGGUUUAAACCUGAAAGGACUCUUUGGUCUGAAUGGCCACUACCUAAACCUCAACACCUGCAGCCAAUCAUGAAUUAGGGCUAGUGCAGCCUCUGCAGCUCAAGGAGUGAAUUCUUUGAGGCAUAGGCUGUGUACAUGCUGAGAAUGAGAAAAACUUGUUUGUGCCCUCUGUUGCCAGAACCUUAACCUGCAGAUAGAGGUUCAGUUGUGAUUCUAAUAUCUUUUUUUUAAUUGUAAGAAUGCAGGCUACAAACAGUCCUUUUAACUAUGUAUUUACUACCAGUGAAUACAUGAUUUGGUAGAGUCACCUGCAUGUUUAUAUGGAGAUUGCCAGGAAUCUUCCACAAAAUGGCAUAAAACCUAGCAAACAACCACAUCUCCAUGUAGAAUAGAAAGUUUGGAGCCUUCAAUCUAAAACAUACACCGUGCCCCUUUAACAAACUGAAUACGUACACAUGAGCUUUAAAUUGUGUGUUUAUUUUUGGGUGUGGAAAAAUGUGAACUCUUGACUGACUAGUCAAGUCUCACAGUGUUGAUAUUUGCACUAACCUGGCCUUACCCAAGUGAUGUGUACAUACAGAAAGGACAGGCUGGCUCCUGUCUGCCACAUCGCCCCCUUCUGGCCCUCACAUGCACAGCCCCUCACUGUAAAGAGCUGAUCUGGAAUCGGCACUCACAAGUCUGCCUUCACUGAAACAAGAAACAAGUCACUACACAAAAAGAGUGACAAAAAGAAAUGUGUCCUAUUUUUGUUAGGAAUGCAGGAUCCAAGCCCGGUGAAUAUUUUGUGAUAAAAUACUGUAAAUGCAUAUUAUGAUAUACAAUUAUAUAAAAUGUGACUAUUGCUUACUCCACUGACUGAUAGAGCCCAAAAUAUGAUCUUUUAAAGUGGAACUAAACAUUAAAUCCACAUUUAUUACUACUAAACUGGGUAUAUGAUGUUUCAAUACCAUUACCUGCUGUUCCUAGUGCUUUUGGCAAUUUUAGCGCAAACUAGGUAUAUUUCUAGCUUUCUGGUCAAAAUCUAAGUAUGUGCUGCCUUCUGUGGCCUCUCUAAUUUAUAGUAGUUGGUGACAUCACAAAAGAAAGAAAGACCCUGAUUACAGCCAGGGGUUUCUGGUUUCAAACACCUGGCUGCAGGGGUGGAGUUUGAAGUGUGGAUACCUGUUAGACCAAUCACACUGUUCCUCAUAUCUUCAGGCCCCCAUCCCUUUAGUCCUCCAGAUGGUCCCCACCUCUCCAGACCCACAGUUUAGCAGCUCUAUUUGAAAUGCGUUUAGUCCCACUUUAAAUAAAUUGGGCAAUGUUUGAUUUUGUGUAUGAAGUCUGAGUAACCACGAAAGAACUUAAGAACUCUCUCACUGGACUGGACUCAUAGGAGGCCUGUAGAAUCUGCUCCAUGGAUGUGAUGGACUUUUGGACUGUGAAAUAAAUGAUUUGUUUUGCAC